UCAGGAGACGCGUCUCUUUGACGUCAUUCCGUACAUGUGACCAAAACUGACAUGGAAGCCCCCAUGCGCACAUCUGAACUGUAAAGGCACUGACUGCUAGCCACUUCGUUUUCUUUGUUUUGUUUUCGUGUUUCUUUAGAUAUGAGGUAUUUGCUCCGACUGGGGCACUCGUUCGCCCGCCUUCAUGUCCGUUUAUGUCACCAAAGUGUUUACAGUAACAAUACAAAUCCGCGAAGACUGCUAGUGGACCUUGGUGAGAAGAAACUUGAGAUCUCUUCAGGGAGGUUCGCUAGAUUUGCUGAUGGAUCUGCUGUAGUAAAGUUGGGAGAUACCUCCGUGAUGGUGACUGCUGUGAGCAGAGCCAAACCUUCUCCAUCUCAGUUCAUGCCUCUUGUGGUGGACUACAGACAGAAAGCAGCUGCUGCAGGUCGAAUCCCCACAAACCAUUUGAGACGAGAGCUGGGCACCACUGAUAAUGAGAUCCUCACCAGCAGACUCAUAGACAGGUCGAUCAGACCACUGUUCCCUCCUGGUUACUUUUAUGAUACUCAGAUCCUCUGUAACCUGCUGGCAGUAGAUGGUGUCAAUGAUCCAGAUGUGCUGGCUAUUAAUGCAGCUUCCGCCGCUCUGGCCCUCUCUGACAUCCCUUGGCAUGGACCCAUAGGUGCAGUGCGUGUGGGCAUGGUAGAUGGAGAGAUGCUGGUCAACCCCACUAGGGCAGAGAUGAUUACCAGCAGUCUUAACCUGAUUGUGGCUGGAGCCCCCUGCAGUCAAGUGGUGAUGAUUGAGGCAUCAGCUGAGAACGUGCUGCAGCAGGACUUUUGUCAUGCAGUGAAGGUGGGAGUCAAACACACCCAGCAGAUCAUACAGGCCAUCCAGCAGCUGGCUCCAGAACAGAAGGUCACUAAGCGCACCCCCGUCAGGGUGUUCUCAGUCCCCACUGACAUGGUGGAGCAUGUUCGACAAUCAGCUUCCAAGAAGAUCUAUGCAGUUUUCACUGAUUACACUCACGAUAAGAUUUCAAGAGAUGAAGCUAUCAACAAAGUUCGACUAGAAACUGAGGAGGACCUAAAAGACCGAUUCCCUCAGGCUGAGCCCUUUGAAGUCAUUGAGUCCUUUAACGCUGUGAGCAAAGAAAUCUUCCGCAACUUAGUGCUUAAUGAGUACAAGAGAUGUGAUGGGAGGGAGUUGACUGCUUUAAGAAACAUUUCUUGUGAUGUCGACCUCUUCAAGCCGCUGCAUGGCUCAGCUCUUUUCCAGAGAGGACAAACACAGGUGCUGUGCAGUGUUACUUUUGAUUCCCUGGAAUCUAGUAUCAAAGCAGAUAUCAUCACCACAGCUUUGAGUGGCAUCAAAUCCAAAAAUUUCAUGCUUCAUUAUGAGUUCCCUCCAUAUGCAACGAAUGAGAUUGGAAAGAUGGGAGGCAUCAACAGACGAGAGCUGGGACACGGGGCCCUGGCUGAGAAAGCUCUGAGACCAAUUAUUCCUAAAGACUUCCCUUUCACUAUCCGGGUCACUGCUGAGGUGCUGGAGUCAAACGGAUCCUCCUCAAUGGCUUCAGCAUGCGGAGGCAGCCUUGCUCUAAUGGAUGCAGGUGUGCCCAUCUCCUCUGCUGUGGCAGGUGUAGCAGUUGGCCUCAUCUCCAAGCCCAACCCAGACAAACCUACUGAGAUCCAAGACUACAGAUUACUAACUGAUAUCCUGGGAAUAGAGGAUUACCUUGGAGACAUGGACUUCAAAUUGGCAGGAACAAACAAGGGCAUCACUGCUUUACAGGCUGAUGUGAAGAUCCCAGGUUUGCCUCUGAAGGUGGUCAUGGAGGCUAUCCAACAGGCCACAGUGGCAAAGAGGGAAAUCUUAAGCAUCAUGAACAAAUGCACAGCGAAACCAAGAGAGACGAGGAAAGAGAAUGGACCUGUUGUUGAAAAUGUCCGGGUGCCUGUUUCCAAACGAGCGCGGUUUGUUGGUCCAGGGGGCUAUAAUCUUCGCAGGCUACAAGUACAAACAGGUGUGACAAUAAGUCAGGUGGAUGAGGAGACUUUCUCUGUGUUCGCUCCAACACCAGGAGCCAUGAAUGAAGCCCAAGACUUCAUCAGUGACAUCUGCAAAGAUGAUCAAGAACAACAGCUAGAGUUUGGUGCUAUCUACACCGCCACGAUCACUGAGAUAAGGGACAUUGGUGUGAUGGUGAAGCUUUAUCCCAACAUGAGUGCUGUCCUGCUGCACAACUCACAACUCGACCACAAACGGAUCAAACAUCCAAGUGCUUUGGGUUUAGAGGUGGGACAGCAGAUACAGGUUAAGUACUUUGGACGGGACCCAACAGACGGCAGAAUGAGACUUUCAAGGAAGGUGCUCCAGUCUCCUGCUGCAACUGUCGUCAAGACACUAAGUGAGAAACAGAGCAUCUCCAUGGGUUCAAGCGACAACAACAGCACCCAAUUGUGACACACCUACACAACAGGCUACCUUGUGGAUUUGCUGCCAAGGAUGGAUUCAAACCGAGUAGAUUUUGCCAUUCAACAGUUCUGUUGAGAGCAUCAGAUCUAGUCACACACUGAACCCAGAGGUUUACCCUGCUGCUGUGGGUAUAGAAGUGAUUAAACUGCACUACACUGCAGCUUAUCAAAUCCUGCCAUCAUUCUACUUCAGUGGGUAUGCAAAGACUUCCAUAUUUGGUAUCCAUUGUGGAUGUGUCCUCUAAGCAGCCAGGAUCAAGAUAUGGACAAAGAAUGAAAAGUGGGAAAAGUGUACUUUUUU